AUGGCUCCUCACUUCGAAGAACUGCGCAAGGCCGCAUAUGAUGCUGAGAAAGACCUCAACUCCUACCAGGCCAAGCAAGGUCUUGGAAAUAAGAGUGACUCUACCGUCGAGUCCGGUGUCAACGAGAAUGCUGCUCAGCGAUUUGCCGAAUACGGUGCCGAUGUGAAAUACGGACCUGGCUCUACUGCAUCUGGCAGCGACCACCGCAAGAUCCCCGAAGACGAAGGUGGCACUCGUGAUGACCGCGGAAGACUCCCAACUGCUGGCCAGUUCAACGGUACCGGAGGCCCCGAAGACAACGUGAAGAUCGACUCAGAGAACCGCCCCGGUGAUCAAGAUGCCCUCAAUCUGCAAGACAUGAAGCGCCGCGGUGUUGUGGAGUAA